AUGGCUCUCUUCAUGGUUUUUUUCCGAUCUCGUAGAGGAUUAAGACAAGGAGAUCCUAUGUCUCCCCUUAUUUUUGUUCUCGGGAUUGAAUAUUUGUCUAGAAUCCUUGCCAAGGUUGCAAAAAAGCCUGAGUUUACUUUUCAUCAUAGGUGUUUGGAGCUGAAACUUACCCACUUGUGCUUUGCCGAUGAUUUGUUAUUAUUUUGUCAUGGUGAUGUACAAUCUAUAUUUCUUAUGUUAAGAAGUUUCAAAAGGUUCUCUUUAUCGUCCGGCCUUGAAGCUAAUGCAGGGAAAACGACUAUCUAUUGUGCUGGUAUGGACUCUCUUGAUGUACAACAAGUUUUGCAUGCAUCGGGCUUUGUUCAAAGUCUCCUACCUUUCAAGUAUCUUGGCAUCCCAAUUUGUUCCAAGAGGAUUUCAAGUGCUGAUUGUGAAGUCCUUUCAGAAAAGAUGAUUUCUCGAAUUCGAUCUUGGAGGUCUAGAAAUCUUUCUUAUGUGGGGCGAGCGGUGCUAGUUAACUCGGUUCUCUUGGCAAUUCAAUCCUAUUGGGCACAGGUAAUGAUUCUUCCUAAGAAAAUUUUGAAAAGGAUUGAACAGAUAUGUAAAAACUAUCUGUGGAGUGGUACAAUUGAUUCGGAAAAACCAGGAUUAAUAGCUUGGAAAGAGGUCUGUAAAGCGAAGAAAUUAGGAGGUUUGGGGUUCAAAAACCUUGAGAAUUGGAAUGUAUCAGCGAUUGGGAAACAUGUUUGGGCGCUUGCUCAAAAGAAAGGUAACUUGUGGGUAAAAUGGGUGCAUUCGGUGUAUUUAAAAGACACUGAUUGGUGGGAGUAUAAAGCUCCUCUUGAUAGUAGCUGGUACUGGCGUAAAAUAAUGCAGGUGAAAGAGAUGAUGGCUGGUUGUUUUUCUAAGCAGCAGCUGGAAUCGGGAGAGACAUAUUCCAUCAAAAAGCAAGCUGUGUCUUCAGGAAAUCUUUCUUUGGGCAGGUAUGGGGUCAUAUCAAUACAAGUUCAAAGGUAUCCUGCACUGGAUUCGGAGAUGCAAAUGGAGCAAUUUGAGGAAAGAGAUAUAUACUUUGAUUUUUAA